UUGUGAACCUAGAAUUGCUCAUUAUUUUAUCAAAUAAUAAAUAAAAUUCAAAACUUCUCCUCUGGUCUCUAGUCAAUGAAAAACUUCACCCAACUCAAAAAAAUGAAAACACGUAAAUAAAAAUUUCCACAAGCUCGACCACCUGUGAAUCUACCAAUAUAUCAUCAGUUCUGGAAAGUAUGAGUAAUGUGCUUCCUUCUUCUCCAGCGAGUCCUUUGUUUGGAGCGACGCUCUCUGCGCUGAAACGGCCGCUCAGAGCACUUUCUAUGAAGUUUUGGGCAGUAAAUACAACAACGGAUCAAGGGUAUAACAGAAACAUCCAAUAUGGUUUUUUACAAGGUUAAGGUUGCGUACAUCUUGACCCCCUAGACCGCAACGAAGUUGGAAUUAUACUAGGAUCGUUUUUAAAAAAUCAAUGGAGAUGACGCCUGAAACAAGCACCUCUACUUCAAGUACAUGUGUAGCAAAAUCUAAGAACAAGGAUGGCAAGGAAAAAGCUUCAAAAAGGGGACUAAGCAUAGAAAACUAUCAAAUUGAAGGAAUUUCAAUUGCUGGGCAUGAAACAUGUGUCAUUAUCCCCGGUCUAAAGCUAGCAUUUGAUAUUGGCAAGUGCCCGCAGCGCGCUGUGUCUCAAAACUUUGUCUUCAUCUCCCAUGGCCAUAUGGACCACAUUGGAGGAUUGCCCAUGUAUGUGGCCACACGUGGCCUUUAUAGAAUGAUGCCACCUACAAUUAUUGUGCCAAAGGCCAUUAAGGAAAGUGUUGAGAAGAUUUUUGAAGCUCAUAGAGCUAUGGACCAAUCUGAACUCAAUCAUACUUUGGUUGCCUUGGAUGUGGGGGAAGAGUUUUCCUUAAGCAAAGAGCUAAAAGUGAAGGCGUUCAGAACUUACCAUGUCAUACCCAGCCAGGGUUACAUACUUUAUUCCAUAAAAGAAAAGCUUAAGCAAGAAUACAUUGGUCUUGGACAGGAUGAAAUAAAGAGUUUGAAGUCAUCUUGUGUGGAAGUCACAAACACUGUAAGAACACCUGAAAUUGCUUUUACAGGAGACACAAUGUCAGAUUUCAUUUUGGAUGGUGACAACAUCGAUGUUUUAAGGGCAAAGAUACUGAUUAUGGAGAGCACGUAUGUCGACAAAACAACCUCAACGGAGGCUGCUAGGGAGUAUGGGCAUACUCAUUUGUCUGAGAUAGUCGAAUAUGCGGACCGGUUUGAAAACAAAGCGAUACUUCUGAUUCAUUUCUCAGCUCGAUAUAAACUGGAUGUAAUUGAAGAAGCUAUUUCCGCAUUAACUCCACCUUUGGCAGGCAAAGUUUUUGCCCUAACAGAAGGUUUUUGAUGUGUGAACGAGGAUCGGUGGGAUUCCCCUCAUCAAGAGUGGAUUCAAUCUGCUCAACCGGUUCACCUUUUCCAUAAAACCAAUGCGAACGAGAGGAUGACGAAUCAGGAAUAACUGAGUAUGGGCUCC